AUGGCGCCAUCAUCAGAAUACAUUAUUGAAUUUAAAAUAGAUGUUUUUAAGACAUUAAAACUUGCCGGUAUAACAACAGGUGUAUUAACAGCGAUAGGCCUUGGCGCUUAUUAUAUUCAUCGGACUUUGCAAAGCUCCAAACGUGUUGUUCUUCACGAUGAAGUACGAAAUAUUCUUCGCCCAUUUCAAUUAUCUGAAGAGCAAAUUCGCCGUGUUAUGGCAAAUUUAAAUAGUGAAAUGACAAAUGGUUUAAAAUCUGACGGAGCAGCAAAUGAAUUAGCUAUGUUUCCAACUUAUGUACAUCAUGGACCGAGUGGACAAGAAUCUGGAGAAUAUUUAGUUGUUGAUUUAGGUGGUUCAAAUUUUCGAGUCUCUCAUGUUGUUAUUGAAGCAAGAAAUCGAAUGCAUUUAAAUAAUAAAAUAUUUCUUAUUCCGCAUUCAUUAUUAUUAGGUGAAGGAGAAAAAUUAUUUGAUUAUAUUGCUGAAUGUUUACAAAGAUUUAUUGAUGAUAAUAAAUUAUCUUUACUUAAAUCACCUGAUUAUAAAUUCGAUUUAGCUUUUACAUUCAGUUUUCCUUGUCAUCAAACAAGUUUACGAGAAGCUACAUUAGUGUCAUGGACAAAAGGAUUUAGUUGUACCAGUGUUGUUGGCAAUGAUGUUGUCCUUAUGUUACAAGCAGCUAUUAAUCGACGAAAAGGUCUCAACAUAGAAGUUGUUGCUUUAGUCAACGAUACGGUUGGUACAUUAAUGGCAUGUAGUUCAACUUAUCGUGAUUGCAGAGCAGGUGUUAUUCUUGGCACAGGAACAAAUGCCUGUUAUUUUGAACAUCUUGAUAAUGUACCUAAAUGGAUAAGUCCACGAGAUACUGCAACAAAAAAUGUUAUUAUUAGUACAGAAUGGGGCGCACUUGGAAAGAAUGGUUCUCUUGAUUUUAUUCGAACAGAUAUUGAUCGUGAGCUUGAUGAAUCGAGUUUAACACCGCAACAACAAAUUUUUGAAAAAAUGAUUUCUGCUCUUUAUCUCGGCGAAAUUGUUCGUUUAAUCAUUGUGGAUUUGGUUCAACGUUCAAUUCUGUUUCCCGGUCGCAUGCAAAAAUCACCAAGCAUUCGACCUGAUUAUAAUAUUUUUCUUAUUUUAAGAGGAAGCUUCUACGCGAAACAUGUUGCAGACAUUGAAAGUGACACAACUGAAGACUUAUCAAUUACUGCUAAUAUUCUAACUUCAAUUGGUAUUCAUGAACCAUCGUACGAUGAUUGUUAUAUUAUUCGAGAAGUAUGCAAAACAGUAUCACUUCGAGCAGCUAAAUUAGCAGCCGCAGCUAUUGCGGUUCUUAUCAAUCGGCUCAAUAUGCCUUCCGUAACAGUGGCUGUUGACGGCACACUUUUCCGUCAUCAUCAAAAAUUCAAGAAAAAUCUUAUUCGAACAAUUGAUCGUCUUGUACCAAGAACACAUCGUUUGGUUCUUUCGGAAGAUGGUUCAUCCAAAGGUUCAGCUUUAGUAGCUGCUGUCGAUCGACGUUUAAAAACAGCAUCAACUACAUUAGAAAAAACCUUUCCAUCAUAA